AUGAACGGGGAUGAUGAGGCCGUCGCAGCUUCGGCAGACCCAUCUCUGCCUCUGGAAUGGAGAUUCUCUCAGGUAUUCGGCGAACGAAGCGCUGGUGAAGAAGUUCACGAAGCUGGUGUUUCCUCUGCAGUUGAUGUAAUUUCAGCAAUCGAAUUCGACAGUUCCGGUGACCAUCUCGCUACUGGGGACCGUGGAGGGCGGGUUGUUCUCUUCGAGAGAAUCGAUGCCAAAAAUAGCAGUGGGGCUAGAAGAGAUCUUGAAGAAACAGAUUAUCCAGUGAGGCACCCUGAGUUUCGUUAUAAAACAGAGUUUCAGAGCCAUGACCCUGAGUUUGAUUACCUCAAGAGUUUGGAGAUAGAGGAGAAGAUAAACAAGAUUAGGUGGUGUCAAACAGCAAAUGGCGCUCUUUUUCUCCUAUCGACGAAUGAUAAAACCAUCAAGUUUUGGAAGGUUCAAGACAAGAAGAUCAAGAAAAUUUGUGAUUUAAAUUCAGAUGCUUCAAGAACUGUAGGAAAUGGAACCAUUGCUAGCUCGAGCAAUUCAAACAUGACAAGUGCAUCCCUUUUGAAUGGAGGAGUUACUGACGUGAACAACUCAUUGCCACCGGGAGGUAUCUCAUCGCUGCGGCUACCAGUGGUAAGUAGCUAUGAGUCGAGCCCUGUGGCUAGAUGUCGAAGAGUAUACUCCCAUGCUCAUGAUUAUCAUAUCAAUUCAAUCUCAAAUAAUAGUGACGGCGAAACAUUCAUUUCUGCUGAUGAUUUGCGAAUAAAUCUUUGGAAUCUGGAGAUUAGCAAUCAAAGUUUCAAUAUUGUUGAUGUCAAGCCUGCGAAAAUGGAAGAUCUAUCUGAGGUUAUCACAUCAGCAGAAUUUCAUCCUACUCAUUGCAAUAUGUUAGCGUAUAGCAGUUCGAAAGGUUCAAUCCGCUUGAUUGAUCUGCGCCAAUCGGCUUUAUGUGAUUCGCACUCCAAAUUGUUUGAGGAACCGGAGGCAACAGGUCCUAAAUCAUUCUUCACUGAGAUAAUUGCUUCAGUCUCAGACAUCAAAUUUGCAAAAGAAGGAAGAUAUCUACUUAGCCGUGACUACAUGACACUUAAGUUAUGGGACAUCAACAUGGACUCAGGUCCAGUAGCAACAUUCCAGGUUCAUGAAUAUUUGAAACCAAAGCUCUGUGAUUUAUAUGAAAAUGAUUCCAUCUUUGACAAGUUCGAGUGCUGUAUAAGUGGCAAUGGGAUGCGAGCAGCUACAGGUUCUUACAGCAAUCUGUUCCGAGUGUUUGGUGUUUCCCCGGGAAGUAAUGAGACUGCAACCUUAGAAGCAAGCAGAAACCCAACGAGGAGACAUGUUCCAAUUCCCUCUAGGCCAUCCAGAUCCUUAUGCAAUAUAACGCGUAGAGGAGCAGAGAGUGCCGGAGUCGAUGGCAAUAUAAGUUCUCUUGAUUACGCGACAAAGUUGCUGCAUCUUGCAUGGCAUCCAAGCGAGAACUCAAUUGCUUGCGCCGCUGCAAAUAGCUUGUACAUGUACUAUGCUUAA